CUUUGUCCAUUUUCUGUUAACAUUGUGCGUUCUUCAAAUUCACUCAUUGCCCUCGUGAACAAAACUUUCACAACACGACAAAGAUGGCAGAGCCGUCAUCUCCAGCAGUCGAGGAGGCCAAAGAAAGGCCAGGUGCAUCGUGGAAAAUGGCCGAGGAGCACGUCAUCCCUAAAAAUCGCCUAGGGAUUGUGUUUAUUGGCUGGAUGUGUACAAUUUUCUUGGUAGCCAUAGAUCAAGUGCGUAUUUGUGUUAUUUUAUUGAUGAAUAUCGAAUUGACAUACCCUAAGACUGUCGUUGCUACCGCCUUGCCCACAAUUGUAGCUGAUCUAGGGGGAGGUAAGAACUAUAGUUGGGUGGGGAGUGCUUACAUGCUGGCGUGCUCCUCUUUGAGUCCGCUAUAUGGCAAGCUAUCCGAUAUUUUAGGCCGCAAACCCAUGCUAUAUGGAUGCAUCCUCGUAUUUUUGAUGGGAUCAGCGCUGUGUGGUGCAGCUCAGAACAUGACAUGGUUGAUUGCCUCUCGUGCCGUACAGGGAGUUGGCGGCGGCGGCAUCUUCCAACUCGUACAGAUCACCAUAUCCGACAUCGUUCCAUUGGAAGAGCGAGGCAAGUAUACUGGUCUCAUUGGUGCCACAUGGGGCACAGCAAGUGUUAUCGGACCGUUAAUCGGCGGUCUUUUCACUGAUCAUGUAUCUUGGAGGUGGUGCUUCUGGAUUAACUUACCAACUGGUGGCUUAGCUGGGGCACUUUUAUUCUUUUUCUUAAAUCUGAAUCCGCACCAAGGAAGGCCGUUCCGCGACCAUGUCCGAGAAUUUGAUUUCGUUGGACUGUUUGUGAUCGUUGUAGGGGUUAUUUGUCUCCUUAUUGGUAUCAACCCCACCGAAACGACGUGGAAAAACCCCCAAACCAUUGCACUCCUUGCUGUGGGUGGUACACUGCUCAUCAUCGGUGGAAUCAAUGAGAUUUAUACGAAGCGGGAGCCCAUUAUUCCUCCUCGUCUUUUCCAGACACGUACGACGGGCUUUGCAUUAGUUUCUGUCUUCAUACAUGCUAUGAUAUUCUUCGCAGGUUCUUACUACCUUCCAAUGUACUACCAAGUUCUUGGCGCAUCGGCAACGAGUUCUGGCGUCAAAAUGCUUCCUUACUCGUUAAGCUGUAGUCUCAUGUCAUCAGUUUCUGGAAUGGUUUUGACUCGCAUGGGAUCCUACCGCCCUGUCAUGUGGUUCGGGUGGAUUUCCAUGACGCUUGGUUGGGGCCUCAUGACCAUGCUGGAUGAUACGACCACUGUUGCAGCACAGGAAAUCUACCCCCUUAUUACUUCCCUCGGUGUCGGUUGCUUGUUCCAGAGCCCGCUUAUUGCCAUACAGGCAGCCAUGCCUAUAAAGGAUAUGGCUACCAGUACAGGCACUUUUAUGUUCCUCCGAACUCUUGGGAGUACGGUAGGCAUGGCGAUGGGGGAAGCUGUUAUUUCCAGUGUCCUCCAGCAGAAAAUGCAGGGCAUCCAAGGCCUCACAAUCGACACUUCUGCCACGGCUUUAAACGGUAACAUAAAGCGGAUCUCUUCCAUUUCUAACCCCAUAGUACGCCACGAAGUCAUGCAUGCUUACUCGCGAUCUAUCAGCACGAUUUGGAUAGUCAGCGCCCCACUAUCUGCAUUCGGUCUCUUCCUAGUUCUCUUCAUCCGUAGCUACACACUCAAACGUACGAUCAUCCGCGGCGGCGAGAACAAGCUAGGAGAUGCUGAGACGGGUGCUGAGCAAGCGACUGUUGCAGAUACAGACGACUUGCCAGCCUUGGAGUUGGAGCGUUUUGGGAAGCACCAAGCACCGGCCUGCUCUGAUAACGCCACUGGAUCAACAGAGUCAUCGGACGAUAUUGGCAUGCAGGAUAUGAAAGCAUAGAACGAGGGAAAAAAUUCCCCUGUAUCUCAGGCAUAGAGCAAUGACACCUCCGCUCACG